AGCAGCAGCUGCGCGAGCUAGAGGCUGAGGAGAGCGAGUGGCACCCGAGCCUGGCGGCCAUGCAGGAGUCAUUGCGGGUGCAGCAGCUGGCCGAGGAGCAGAAGCGUAAGGCCAGGGAGCAGCUCAUUGCAGAGAGCAUGGCCAAGAUGCCACAGAUGAUUGAGAACUGGCGGCGGCAGCAGCGGGAGCGCAGGGAGAAGGAGAAGGCAGACAAGGAGCGGCGAGCCAGGCUGCAGGCCGAAGCCCAGGAGCGCCUGGGCUACCACGUGGACCCAAGGAGUACCCGUUUCCAGGAGCUGCUGCAGGACCUGGAGAAGCAGCAGCGCAAGCGCCUCAAGGAGGAAAAACAAAGACAGAAGAAGGAGGCAAGAACUGCUGCAAUGGCCGCCACUGCAGACCAGGACCCAGCAGACUCCAUGGCACCCAGCUCCUGAGCUUUUCUUUCUCAAUAAAACCUGCUGCCCAACAGCCUCACUCUUGGA